CUCACAAAAGUAAAGGGGGAGUGACAGUCUUAUCCUUUACAAAGAUGGAGAUUAACCCUUUCCUCGCUUCCCCAUGGCCACAGUGUAGACACCUCAUGACAGAGACCCACUGCAAAUCACUGGGGUCAUGGUUUCCAUGGAAAGGGAAUAAUUUAAACUGACACCAAGGACUGGAUUCAUCUCUCACAUACCCCAGUAUAACUGAGAGGAGAAUCAUGCCUGAUCAUUCUUACACCUGUUCAAAGAGCGAGUGAUUAAACACAGAAGUGAAACUGAGACCGUUGAUAACCACAAAACUCAUUUUAUUGCAAGUAUGCGCCAACUCCAUGAAUGUUACUCCUAAUAUGUGACAAGAGAAAAGAAGAUGCAACAAAUCACAAGAUGAAAAAGUCCUCAGACAGUGAGAAGGUGAAGACAGCAGACAAGGAAAAUCUGCAUUUUAGCAAACCACGGCAUGAAAUAUCUUUCAUGAUGUGAUCCCAUGUCUCCAUCCUCACAGGUGGAAGGAACUUUAUCCACAGCCAUCUCUCUUUUCCACCUAAGAAGACAGAAGAAAGUCUAUGGACUUUGGGAGCAGAUCCUGACGUGUUACUGGGAACCUGUGCCCCUCUCAGGAGGAAGGAUUUUGCUCUGCGUUGCACUCAGGCAUCUACCAUCAAGCCCUCGUUCUGGCUGCAAUUGGAAGGCAUCUCCCGCCUGAUGAGUGACUUGGCCGGGUCUUAAAGUGAUAUAGUUGCGAAAGAAAUAGCCAGCCCGGUUUGAAAUCCCCUCAGUGAAAUUACCCUGGAGUGAGAGAGAGCCCUGCCAGGGCUGGGGAGGGGGAAAAUACCCCACCCCCCAAACCCGCUCCAGCUGGCAGUGCUGCUGUCCCAGGGCGUGCACCGCCCUGCCCUGCCGGAGCCCCAGCUGUGGGGCACUUGUUCGGCACUGGCCUGGGGGCGAUGCUGGUGGGUGUCUGUCAGGAGGCAGCCGCAGCCGCCAGCCUGCCUCGCUCUCCGCUGCAGGAGAGACAGAGCCAGACGGAGAGAGGGAGCCUGUCUGCAAAGUGCUGCUCCCUGGUGCUCAGAGCCUGCUCCGUCUCCAACUCUCAUUCAUUUUGCCGGCUACCAUGAGAGAUCAUGGCCGCCUUCGGGCUUCUCAGCUAUGAGCAGAGACCGCUCAAACGCCCCCGGCUGGGGCCGCCCGACGUCUACCCCCAGGACCCCAAGCAGAAGGAGGAUGAACUUACUGCAGUGAAUGUAAAGCAGGGUUUCAAUAAUCAACCAGCCUUCUCUGGAGAUGAGCAUGGAUCUGCUAGAAAUAUUGUCAUUAAUGCCUCAAAGAUUGGCGCUUAUUUUAGCAGCAUAUUAGCAGAAAAGCUAAAACUUAAUACUUUCCAGGACACAGGAAAGAAGAAACCACAAGUAAAUGCCAAAGAUAAUUAUUGGCUGGUUACUGCUCGCUCUCAGAGUGCAAUUCACAACUGGUUCACAGAUUUAGCAGGAAAUAAACCACUGACUAUUUUAGCAAAAAAGGUUCCUAUUCUCAGUAAAAAGGAGGAUGUCUUUGCUUAUUUAGCAAAAUUUUCUGUGCCACUACUGCGAGCGGCAUGGCUGAUCAAGAUGACAUGUGCCUACUAUGCUGCUGUUUCUGAAGCUAAAAUUAAAAAACGUCAGGCUACUGAUCCAAAUAUUGAAUGGACUCAAAUCUCAACCAGAUACCUUCGAGAGCAGCUGGCAAAGAUUGCAGAAUUUUAUCAUGUGUCCUCAAACCAAGGCAAUGGCUCGGUUGCUAUGCCUCAAGAGGUGGAACAAGCCCUGAAGCAGUGGGAAUAUAAUGAAAAGUUGGCAUUUUAUCUGUUCCAGGAGGGAAUGCUUGAAAGACAUGAGUAUUUGACAUGGAUACUGGAUGUUCUGGAAAAAAUCAGACCUGCUGACGAUGAACUUCUUAAACUCUUGUUACCGCUAAUGUUGCAGUAUUCUGAAGAGUUUGUUCAGUCAGCCUACCUGUCCCGUCGCCUUGCUUAUUUCUGUGCCAGACGACUGUCUUUAUUGCUAAGCGAUACUCCUAACCUCGUAGCUGCACACUCACCUCAUAUGAUUAUUGGACCAAACAAUCCUCCUUUAACAGCUCCAAGUCCUACUGCAACAGGUCCUGUGGUGAGCCCGGUACAGCUAGCCUGUUCAGAUUUCUUUUCCUGCCCACAACAUCGUCCUCUAGUUUAUGGACUGAGUUGUAUGCUGCAGACUGUAACUCUCUGUUGCCCAAGUGCCUUGGUGUGGAACUAUUCCACGAAUGAAAGUAAGAGCAUUAAUCCAGGUUCUCCUCUGGAUUUACUUCAAGUUGCUCCAUCUAGUUUACCUAUGCCAGGUGGAAAUUCAGCAUUUAAUCAGCAGGUUCGGGCAAAGAUUUAUGAAGUAGAACAGCAGAUAAAACAACGAGGUUGUGCUGUGGAGGUGCGAUGGUCUUUUGACAAGUGCCAAGAAUCAACGGCAGGGGUCACCAUCAGCCGAGUUUUGCAUACACUGGAGGUCUUGGAUCGACACUGUUUUGACAGAUCAGAUUCCAGCAAUUCAAUGGAGACUCUUUAUCACAAGAUUUUUUGGGCAAACCAGAACAAAGAUAACCAAGAGGUUGCCCCUAAUGAUGAAGCUGUGGUAACACUGCUUUGUGAAUGGGCUGUGAGCUGUAAAAGGUCUGGCAAACACAGGGCGAUGGCUGUGGCAAAACUCCUGGAGAAGAGGCAAGCGGAAAUUGAGGCAGAAAGAUGUGGUGAGUCAGACGUGCUGGAUGAAAAAGAAUCUAUUUCUUCAGCUUCUCUUACUGGAUCCAGCCUUCCUGUCUUUCAGAAUGUCCUACUUCGGUUUUUAGAUACACAGGCUCCCUCAUUAUCUGACCCAAACAGUGAAUAUGAGAAGACAGAAUUUGUGAAUCUGGUGCUGCUGUUUUGUGAGUUUAUUCGACAUGAUGUUUUCUCCCAUGAUGCAUACAUGUGCACUUUAAUAUCGCGUGGAGACUUGUCAGUUACUGCAACCACUCGACUACGCUCACCUACUGGAGAAACUGUGGAUGAACACUAUUCUAAGGACCAUGAUGUGAAAUUGGAGGAACUUAGUAUUAUGGAACAUAUGGGCAUUGACUCAGGAACCACUAAUAUUUUUGAUGAUGUAGACAAGAGUGACUUUAAGACAGAUUUUGGUUCGGAGUUUCCAAUUUUUUCUCCAAUGCCUGGGGAGGCUUGUGAGAAUGUCAACUCUUUGUUAGACAGAAGAAUUUCAAUUAACAGUGAGAAGUCAGUGAAGAGAGAAAAACUGAGAGAACUGAUUUUUCCAUCCAGUUAUGACCUCCUUCGCCAUUUACAAUAUGCAACACACUUCCCUAUACCUCUGGAUGAAUCUUCUAGUCAUGAAUGUAAUCAGCGCAUGAUUCUUCUUUAUGGUGUUGGCAAAGAGCGUGAUGAGGCAAGGCAUCAACUGAAGAAGAUUACCAAAGAUAUCCUGAAAAUCCUGAAUAAGAAAAGUACUACUGAAACAGGGGUCGGGGAUGAAGGGCAAAAAGCCAGGAAGAACAAACAGGAAGUAUUUCCAACUCUGGAGACUGUGUUCACCAAACUGCAGCAACUGUCCUAUUUUGAUCAACAUCAGGUGACAUCUCAGAUCUCCAGUAAUGUUCUAGAACAAAUAACUAGCUUUGCUUCAGGUACAUCAUACCAUCUUCCUUUGGCUCACCACAUACAGCUUAUCUUUGAUCUUAUGGAGCCAGCACUCAAUAUCAAUGGGCUUAUUGACUUUGCUAUACAGCUGUUAAAUGAACUGAGUGUUGUGGAAGCAGAACUACUGCUGAAGUCAUCCAGCCUGGCAGGAAGUUACACAACAGGAUUAUGUGUGUGCAUUGUUGCUGUUUUACGGCGUUACCAUGCCUGCCUAAUUUUAAAUCCAGAGCAGACUGCACAAGUUUUUGAAGGAUUAUGUGGUGUUGUCAAGCAUGUUGUUAAUCCAUCAGAAUGUUCUUCCCCAGAAAGAUGUAUUUUAGCUUACCUCUAUGAUCUCUAUGUGUCAUGUAGCCAUCUGAGAAGCAAAUUUGGGGACCUUUUCAGUAGUGCUUGUUCAAAGGUAAAGCAAACGAUAUACAGCAACGUACAGCCCUCAAACUCCAACUUGUUAUGGGAUCCAGAGUUCAUGCUGGAUUUUAUCGAGAAUCCCUCUGCUCACAGCAUCAACUACUCAAUGCUAGGCAAGAUCCUGAAUGACAACGCAGCCAAUCGCUACAGCUUUGUGUGUAACGCACUAAUGAAUGUGUGUAUGGGGCACCAAGAUGCAGGAAGAAUUAAUGACAUAGCUAACCUUUGCGCAGAGUUGACCGCAUGCUGCACGGUGCUAAGUUCAGAAUGGUUAGGGGUUCUAAAGGCUCUUUGCUGUUCUUCAAAUCAUGUCUGGGGUUUUAAUGAUCUGCUUUGCAGUGUGGAUGUGAGUGACCUUUCAUUCCAUGACUCACUGGCCACUUUCAUUGCUAUACUGAUAGCCCGGCAAUGUUUUUCUCUGGAGGAUGUAGUUCAGCAUGUUGCACUUCCCUCUCUCCUUGCAGCAGCCUGUGGGGACCCAGAUGCUGAACCUGGGGCGAGAAUGACAUGCCGUCUUCUGCUUCAUCUCUUUAGAGCACCCCAGCUCUACCUGUUACCCCAAGCAACGGGGAAGUCAUUCCCAGGCAUUCGCUCUUCUUGUGACCGCCACCUUCUAACCGCUGCUCACAACAGCAUUGAAGUGGGAGCUGUGUUUGCGGUCUUAAAAGCAAUUUUGAUGCUUGGUGAUGCUGAAAUUGGCAGCAGCGGUGUUAACUCUUUGAAGAAUGAGGACUUCACUCUGAGAGGUUUAUUAGAUGACCUUAAUGAUGAUGAAAUUUGGGGUGCCUCACACACACUGAAAUGUGGAAAAGCUAUUUCCAUAGAAACUGCUAGUCUAAGUGAAUAUGCUAGAUAUGUGCUAAGAACUAUUUGCCAGCAGGAAUGGGUGGGAGAGCACUGCUUGAAAGAGCCUGAGAGGUUAUGCACGGACAAAGAUCUUAUAUUGGAUCCUGUUCUUUCAAACAAGCAAGCACAGAAGCUACUGCAACUUAUCUGUUACCCUCAUGGUAUUAAAGAAUGCACAGAGGGUGACAACACUCAAAGGCAACACAUCAAGCGCAUACUUCAGAACUUAGAUCAAUGGACUCUCAGGCAAUCUUGGUUGGAGCUCCAGCUAAUGAUCAAACAGUGCAUGAAGGAGCCUGGUUCUGGGUCUGUGGCUGAAAUGAACAGCUUGUUGGAUAAUAUUGCAAAGGCGACAAUAGAGGUGUUUCAGCAAUCCGCUGAUCUAAACAAUAACUCUUCUAACUCUGGUAUAGGCCUCUUCAAUCCAAACUCUGUUGGAAAUGCUGACACAAGUAAUACAAGACAGAAUGGUAAAAAGACAUUCCUAAGCUCUUCUGAACGUCGAGGCGUAUGGUUGGUGGCUCCCUUGAUUGCAAAACUGCCUACCUCAGUUCAGGGUAGGGUCCUGAAAGCAGCUGGAGAAGAGCUGGAGAAAGGUCAGCAUUUGGGAUCAUCCUCAAAGAAGGAGAGAGAUAGACAAAAGCAAAAAAGCAUGUCUCUUUUGAGUCAGCAACCUUUCCUUUCUUUGGUACUUACUUGCCUUAAGGGACAGGAUGAGCAACGGGAAGGGCUUCUAACAUCACUGCAAAAUCAAGUUAAUCAGAUCCUAAGUAACUGGAGGGAAGAACGAUACCAGGAUGAUGUUAAAGCUAGGCAGAUGAUGCAUGAAGCCUUACAACUACGUCUUAAUUUGGUGGGUGGAAUGUUUGACACUGUGCAGAGAAGCACGCAGUGGACUACAGACUGGGCACUUCUGCUGCUUCAGAUUAUUACUUCAGGAACUGUCGAUAUGCAAACCAACAAUGAAUUAUUCACAACUGUGCUUGAUAUGCUGGGUGUUCUCAUCAAUGGAACUUUAGCCUCUGACCUAUCAAAUGCAUCCCAAGGGGGGUCUGAAGAGAACAAAAGGGCAUACAUGAAUUUAGUGAAAAAGUUGAAAAAAGAGCUAGGAGACAAGUGUUCAGAAAGUAUUGACAAAGUUCGCCAGUUGCUACCUUUGCCAAAACAGACGUGUGACAUUAUCACCUGUGAGCCAAUGGGAUCUUUGAUUGACACCAAAGGAAACAAAAUUGCAGGAUUUGACUCCAUAGAUAAGAAACAGGGUCUUCAGGUAUCAACAAAACAGAAAGUGUCCUCUUGGGAUUUAUUUGAGGGUCAUAAAAAUCCUGCCCCACUCUCCUGGGCUUGGUUUGGUACAGUUCGUGUUGAUAGGAAAGUGAUAAAGUAUGAGGAGCAGCAGCAUCUUCUCCUAUACCACACACAUCCCAAGCCCAAGCCACGGAGCUACUACCUCGAGCCCUUAUCACUUCCUCCAGAGGAGGAGGAAGAAGAGCCUACUACACCCAUUUCUCAGGAACCAGAAAGGAAGUCAGCAGAGCUGUCAGAUCAGGGAAAGCCUACCACAGACGAAGAGAAGAAAACAAAAGGCAGGAAAAGAAAGAUAAAAUCAACCUCAAGAGCAGAUGAAUACCCACAGAACAACUUAUACAGAGUGCCUCCCAACUAUUCACCGAUUUCCUCUCAAAUGAUGCAUCAUCCCCAGUCUGCCUUGUGGGGUUAUAACAUUAUGGGACAACCACAACAGCCUAGUUUCUUUGUUCAGAACCAGCCCCUUCCACCAGGUUCCAGAUUGGAUCCUACAGGCUCUUUUGUUCCAACGAACACAAAACAAGCCUUGUCUAACAUGCUACAGAGGCGUUCUGGCACCAUGAUGCAACCACCCUCCAUACAUGCAAUUACGUCUCAGCAGCAGCUGCUCCAGAUGAAACUCCUGCAGCAGCAGCAGCAACAGCGGCUACUCAGGCAGCAAGCCCAAACAAGACCUUUCCAACAGGAUGUCUGUAACACUGCUGUAGCUCUUCAAGAAGGCUUUGACAACAUAAUGGGCCAGCCAAUAGAUCAGGCCACUGUUUUCGCUCAGCAAGUACGUCCUUCUUCCCAGCUUCCACAGUACCCAGGGUUACAGCAGGCACAGACUGUGCCUCAUGGAUACACAAUGUACAGUACUCAGAUGCCUCUGCAACAACAGCAGGCUGGUGGUGUAGUGCUUUCACCCAGCUACAACCCCAGAACGUAUCCAGCAACUCAUUCCAAUCCAGCUCUAAUGGAAAGACUAAGACAGAUGCAACAACAGCCAAGUGGGUACAUUCAACAGCAGGCUGCUGCUUAUAUUCAGCCUUUAACAGGCACUCAGCGACUGACUCAUCAGCCUUUGCAACAGAGUUCCUUGGUCGGAGGGGGACUUGAUACUGUACCAACCACAGCUCCUCACCCAAACCUUAACUCGGUACAGCUGCCUCAGGAACAGAUGAGACAGAGACAACAGCAAAUUCGACAACAGCGACUCCUUCAGUUGCAGCAGCAGCAGCAAGAGGGUCGACAGCAGGCGAUUGGUCUCCAAGCAGUGCAACCACAGCAGCCUUUGUUUCCAAGACAAGGUUUGCAGCAGACACAGCAGCAACAGCAGACAGCUGCUUUAGUCAGACAACUCCAAAAACAGCUCUCUAGUAACCAGCCACAACAAGGGGUGAACCAAUAUGGGCAUUCUUCACACUUCUGAAUCUGGAAGGUGGGAUCAAGAUGUAGUGUUAUGUUUGCACUGAAGAAAAAUCAAAAUUCAAUGCACUAGUUAUUGCUAGAAAGCAAAAGUUUAAUUUUUUCUCUUUAAUUUUUUCAAUACGUAUUUUUUGUGCUGCAAUUGAUGUGAAUAUGUAACAAAGUGAAAGAUUUAUUAUUUUUUUUGCAUUUAACUGGAAUUAAAUGUAUGAUUUGUGGGCCUAUUUAAAGAAUACAGUUGUUGCAAAGAAUUUGGUGCUUUUUUAGGGUACUGUUACUUUAAAGGGGUUAAAGAAUGGAUUUAUUUAUUUGUGGGAAACAUUUUUUCUUUUUUUAAGAACUGCACUGGACCAAACUACUGAUUUGAAAGGCACUUCCGAUUUUGGCAUAAAGAUUAAUGAACAAAUCAAAGUGUUCUCCUUCGUUCUUCAACAGCAAAAUGAACAUUGAUUUAAAUCAUAUUAAUUUUGACUGUUUGUAAUUUUCAUAAGCACUUUAUAAAGUUCUUUGUUUAAAAGUACCCAAUUUUCUCUUGCUUUCAUUGUGGAAAGAAGGUGCUGAAGUGGGUUUCUUGCUUGUAUUAGAACUUCCUAAGAUUUAUAUAAAAAGCCACAAUGUAACAUUAAUAAAUCUACUAGAAGUAGCUGUGCUUUACAGUUUUCUUUUUAAUGCAAAGUUCAUUGGCAGUGAACCUUGUGAGGGUACAAAAUGUGGUAACAAAGCCCUGAAUAGCCACAACAGAUUUUGCUCUAAAUCAUUUAGGGCCUGAACCAAAUCCUGUUGAAAUCUGAUGGCAAUCUUUCCAUUGACUUAAACAGGAAUUGGAUCUCUGGGUCUCAUGUGCUAGGUUCAACAAAAGUCUCUUUCCAGCUUUUGCCCUUUGGAAGCUUGUGCCAGGCUAGAAAAGCCCCCCAAAUCCCUUUUGCUGUUUCUGCAGUGCUCUAGCUGGGCCUCAUCUCUAUUGAUCUUGACCUAAAUGAGUUCUUCCUCUAAUAGAUGUAUUUAUUAUUUAUUUUGUAUGGUAAGUACUUAAAAUUUUGAAUUUAAUUCUUAAUGUUGGGUGAUAGUCUUGGUUGUGUGAUGCAUACUGCAUUUAUAAAUUUGGUGCAAACGCACAAGUUAUAUAUUAAAUUUAUUAUAAAGAGAGAGAACUAUUUUAACCUUGUUCAAGUGUGUGGUAUAUUUGCUCGUAUUAGAGUAAAAAAAAAAUCAGAAUAAAUUUACUAUGGGUUCAUGUAAUUUAAGAGUUACUCCAUAUGAUUUUUUUUUAUUAUUUUAUUUUUUUUUAGAAUUAGAUGCACAAAUUUUGAAUGUGAAACAUGCAGGGCAUUUCAAAAUACAUGGGGAAUUUUGUUCUCAUGUUCUGUAUUAACUCAUCUUUUCAUAUGCCAUAAUAUAAGUGUACUGUUUGGUAUCCUAGUCAGACUUACAUUGAAUAGAAAAGAGUCAACACUCAGCAAACAUUGUAGUACUGUAUGACAUCACAGAUAAUUAAAUUUUCAUAAACAGUUUAGUGUGGAAAAUCAUAAUAUCAAUAAUUUGUAUCUGAUUCUGACUUCCACACUGCAAAGUCUUACCCGUACAAGCAACCAGUAGGAUGGGUCAGCAUCUUUACUGAAAUAAAAUUCUUGUGAACUACUUUGUACAUUGUGAAAAUUAUUUAGCUCAAAAAUUCCUCACUUCACCUCUCAGCUUGUACAGACCCUUUAUCAAAACAGAAAGGCCACUCAUUCCACUAAAUGAAUAGGUUGUCUGUUUUGAAAUAUUAACAUGUACCUGUACAUUUAUUUUCUUUUUUGUACAUUAGGUAUUUCCAAAAAAAAAAGCCUGAUGCAAGUUGAUAUCCCUGUCCUUUCAGGUGACUGCAUAUUACUAGAAUAGUAUCC